CCCAUAGAAAAAUAGAACUGUCUUACAGUUCUGCAGAACUUUUGUUGUAUAAAUGGCAUCUUUUUAAAAAUUUUUUAAGAUGUAUUUAUUUAUACAUAUAAGAACUGAGGUGUAGGCCAGAGGUGUGGGGGGUGAGAGGAUUCACCAGAGACAGAGUGGGGAGCAGAACAGGCAGAUCUACUGAAAUACACUGCGAAGGGGAGCAGCAGGUAAGACAGGAGAGGUCUGCUGUGCCAUAUGUGGGUAGCUCCCUGGUCCUGGAUCAAACUCAUGCUGCAGAGGCUGCUGAUAGCUUGAUAGAGCUGAAACUUAACCCCUUGCACCACCAGGGAGGCCCCUAAAUGGCAUCAUUUUUUCACUGCUGAGUACAUGGAUCCCAGAGCAAAGGGGAGACAUGGAGCCAGUACAUCUGGGGUCCCAACCCACUACCUGGAACUGCUCAGCACUUUUCUUGUACUACCUUAUUUAAGCGUUCUAGCACCCUGUUGCACAGGUGCUAUCAUUCUUCCUUUUACUGAGGAAAUAAGCUUGGAGGAAUUCAGUGACGUAUUCUGUCGCCCUGCUGGUAAAUGGCAGGGGCAGGAUUUGAAGCCAGUCUGACUAGGCAUUCACAGUUCCUCCAAGGGCCGGUCCUUGUCUUCCACCCACUCUGCUGUCUUUUGGUGCCCAGCACUCAGCACAAGGACAUGCUCUGCAUGCCAGCGGAUGUACCAGGCGCAGGUGGCUGUAUGUCAUCUUGGUCAGGCCUGGUAUCCGGUUGCCUGGCCAGCUGAGCCCCUAACCUCCAGAGAGGGGAUCAGAUUCAGUACCCACAUGCCCUCCAGGCCUCACGUGACCCCUGGAACCUUUCCCAAGGCCUCCUUCAUGCCAAGGGAGACAGUGGUGAAUCCACCUUGGAAGCAAGCCCUGAGAAGCUGGGCACAGGAGCUGAAGGAGCAGCUUCAGGCCCUUCAAGACAGCGAGCGGGAGCACACGGAGGCGCUGCAGCUGCUUAAGCGACAGCUGGCGGAGACCAAGUCUUCCACCAAAAGCCUGCGGACCACCAUCGGGGAAGCCUUUGAGCGGCUGCACCGGCUUCUGCGUGAGCGGCAGAAGGCCAUGCUGGAGGAGCUGGAGGCGGACACAGCUCGCACACUGACCGACAUCGAGCAAAAGGUGCAGCGCUACAGCCAGCAGCUGCGCAAGGUGCAGGAGGGCGCGCAGAUCCUGCAGGAGCGGCUGGCCGAGACCGACCGACACACCUUCCUGGCCGGGGUGGCCUCACUGUCUGAACGGCUCAAAGGGAAAAUCCACGAGACCAAUCUGACCUACGAAGAUUUCCCAACCUCCAAGUAUACAGGACCCCUGCAGUACACCAUCUGGAAGUCUCUGUUCCAGGACAUCCACCCAGUGCCAGCCGCCCUGACGCUGGACCCAGGCACAGCCCACCAGCGCCUGAUCCUGUCUGAUGACUGCACCAUCGUGGCCUACGGCAACCUGCACCCACAGCCGCUGCAGGACUCCCCAAAGCGCUUUGACGUGGAGGUGUCGGUGCUGGGCUCCGAGGCCUUCAGUGGGGGCGUCCACUACUGGGAGGUGGUGGUGGCGGAGAAGACCCAGUGGGUGAUCGGGCUGGCCCACGAGGCUGCAAGCCGCAAGGGCAGCAUCCAGAUCCAGCCCAGCCGCGGCUUCUACUGCAUUGUCAUGCACGAUGGCAACCAGUACAGCGCCUGCACUGAGCCCUGGACGCGGCUCAACGUCCGCGACAAGCUUGACAAGGUAGGCGUCUUCCUGGACUACGACCAGGGCCUGCUCAUCUUCUACAACGCCGACGACAUGUCCUGGCUCUACACCUUCCGCGAGAAGUUCCCGGGCAAGCUCUGCUCCUACUUCAGCCCUGGGCAGAGCCACGCCAAUGGCAAGAACGUGCAGCCCCUGCGGAUCAACACCGUGCGCAUCUAGUGUGGCUGCGAGAGACCGCGGGCGCCGGGGGUGGCCGCCCACGAGAGCGGUGACCCCGAUGGGAGGCCUGGACUCUGGCCCAGCUUGGCCACCCCGAGACCUCGGGCUGUUGUUUACCCUCCAGCCUCUAUUUCCCGGUCUGUGAAAUGGAGGCUGUGUUCCGUGAUUCCUAAACUUUCUUUCGGCGUUAAUGUUCUAUAGCUGUGACCGUAAUUGGGACGUAGCUUUGGUCCGAGGAUGUGAUGUGACUUCUCCCCAGGGCAGCGCCUGCCCCACCCUUAUCCCCCUCCUGUCGGGAGCAGCUGGGGAGGUGGGAGGCUUCCCUAUGCCUCCCUCCUACCCACAUGCCCUGGCCUCAGAGUGUAUCCAGGUGUUGCCAACAACUGGCAGCCUGAAAGAUACACAGAAUCCUCUUGUGCUCCCAGACCUAAGACUUGCCCCUGACCUAGCUAGAAAGGGACCAUUUUAGCCUUGACCCCAGCGCAGAGUGGACCUAGGCAGUAAGCAGGUGGUCCUAGAGUUGUCUGAGAACCUCUCCCCUACCAAGAGCUUCGUGGCUCCUGUUUUUGUCCUUAUCUCCAGGUAGAGAGGAUGUCAUGGCCUGUGCAAGACACCUGGUGUUUGAGCGCACAUUGUGUUCACUGUGCCACAGGUCUGUCCACCACAGGUCUGAAGGCAGCAUUGAUACUCUAUAGCUAUGUGCCUUGGGAUGCACCCCAAGGCCGAUGUAGAACGCCAUGGCGACAGCACCUGCAUCCCUGGGUGAUGGAGGUCCCCAGCAACUCUGAAUAAGGAUCCAGCCAGGCCUCUGGGGCCUGACCGGGGUAUGGGAGGCUUCGGGAGCAGUGGCUUUGACCAGGACCCGAGCACUGGUGCUGUUGGCUGGGACUCCACAUAAGGCUUAGGAUCUAUCUCAGCUGGGAUCCUGUUGCAGAAAACAGUUUCCAUUAGCAAGUAUUUAUUACCGGGUGCCUAGUGGCUUUGCAACAUCUUUGGAGGAGCAGACGCUUUGCUGAAUUUCCAAGAACUACUGCCAGAUAGCUUCAUCACACGUAGCAUGAUCAGGGACACCGCUACCAUCUGCAGAAAGCCAUCGCAUCAGGAAGCUGCUGAUUGCAGAACCAUCUGUGCCAGCCAACGGAUGUCCUGAGGCUUGUUUCUCUCCCACUCAAUUCAGUUCCCAAAUUUGAAUCUCUACAAGGGAUUCUGUUUGGGGAAACUUAAAUCAGAUCCAGAACUUUGGCUGCAAAGAGUCUGGGAAUUAUAGUUUUCGUCUUUCCAGCUUCAGCCAUGCAAAAAUGCACAUAGAAGGAAAUUAGAAUGCAUGUUGAACAAACCCACCAUGGUUUUUCCCACUGGCAUCCACCUCUAGGCCUUGGCUUUGAAACACCAAGUGUCCUACUCUGGGACUCUGGCCCAUGCAGGGGACGGAGCCCAAGGGAUGGACCUACGGACAGAGCUGAAAUCUCUCUCCAGCUGUGGCUUCUCUUUCCAGUCCUGAGGUCUAGACUCUGAACUUGGGGUCUCUGAUCACACCCAUUCCAAAGGAGCCAGGCUAACUGAACUUGGGGAUCUCCCACCUCAUAAGUGCUCCCUACUGUGGCCUUUCUUAGUUAGCAAGAAUUCUCAGUCUGAUCCCUCCCCUUCAGCUACCAGAAUCUGGGCCACUCCCAGCAGUAUUUUUAUUUUAAAUGUUGCCCAUUUUGUGAGUUAUGAUGAAUUUGUAUUAAAUUAAGCUACAGGAUGUCAGUGGUCAGUUCCAUUCAUUUUGACUAACAUAAAGGCACACCUGUGCUGCCCUAGGCAGCACACAGACAUGACCAGGGGUAACCCACAAAGUCACCCUUCUGGCUAGAUGGUAUUAUGCCCAUUUUACACAAGAAGUAAAAUGAGGUUCAGAGAGAGGAGAGACUAGCUUGUAGGCUCAUUUCCCACAGUGGGGCUGGACCUUCAUUACAAAUGAGUUCCAAGCCAGCGCUUGCCUCCUCCUAGAGGAGUGAGUGGUGGCAGCCCUGGGAGGAGACAGAGGGGCAUUCAUGAGAUCGUGGCAAGGGCCUGGUCUCUAGAGCGUCACACACCUGGGCUUGAAUCCAGACUUUAUCACUGUUUGACUUUAGAGAAAUCACUUCACCUCUCUGGGCCUCAGGUUUCUCACAUGGAAAAUGGGGAUUUGUUGGUAAGCUGCAAAGUGCGGUGCUCUUGGGGAG